UUAUCUGUCAACAAUUUGUUUGUUUGCUCCUUGUUACACUAUCAGUAAACCCCAAAGUGAUUGGAUGCCAUCUUUGGAUAAAGAGGAUGGAGUGAAAGUAGUAGUGGACAAAGAAGACAAUUAUCGAUCUUGACUUUAAGGGUUUUAUUUUUGCAAAGAAGUUGAUUGACAAUUAUGGAAAAUAUGGAAGAUGAUUGUGAUCCCAAAGAAAAUAUGGAAAAGGAUUGUAAUCCAAAAGAAAAUAUGGAGGAAGAUUGUGAUCCAAAGGAAAAUAUGGAGGAAGAUUGUGAUCCCAAAGAAAAUAUAGAUGAUGCUUGUGACCCAAAAGAAAAUUUAGAAGAUCGUGAUUCAAAAGAAAAUAUAAAUGAUGAUUGUGACCCAAAAGAAAAUUUAGAAGAUGAUUGUGAUCCCAAAGAAAGUUUAGAAGACUAUUGUGAUUCAAAAGAAAAUAUGGAGGAAGAUUGUGAACAGAAGGAAAUCGUAGAAGACAAUUGUGAUCCAAAGGAUAUAGAAGAUGAUUAUGGGCAUAACGGAACAGGAGAUACAGUUACAAAUGGCUAUGACUCUGAUUCUAAGCGGACAAAACUUGAUGAUGCUUCUGAAGACAAUAGCCAAGAUAAAUUUUCUGACGAGAGUGCAAGUGAUUCAGGAACAAAAAAGGAUGGAGAUGAUGAUGCAUCAACUGUUAAGUCUGAAGACAGUGAAAAAGAAAAUCGGCGAAAAAAUGGAGAAGUGGCAAUGGAUCUUAGCACAAAGUCAAAUGGUGGAGAUAUUAUUAUGCUCUCUGAUGAAGAGGAAAUGCCUAUGAUGAAUGGUCAUUCUGAUGAGAUAACUGUAUCGGAAGUCAAAAUGAGGAAAAGAUUUAUAAAACAGUUACAGGCAGAACUUCGUAAUGAAGAAUCAAAAUUAGUUCUUUUAAAGAAAUUAAGACAAAGUCAGACGACACAUAUAGCAGAGCAGAACGCACCUGCAAAACAACAGAAACAGAGUUCACAGCCUCCACCAUUAGUACGGGGACCACAACAACAACAGCAACAACAACAACAACAACAAGCACAUCCUGCUCAUAGUCAACCACCUCAGUUAAUGAGAAAUAGUCAACAAAAUAAUAACCGUGCACAUCAACAUGGUCCCCCACCACUUGUUAACAUGGGUAGACAGCCAGAGGCAGGAUAUAUGAAUGGAAAUAUUCCUAAUUACCGUUCUAGUCCAUCAGCACCUCAACAAUCUGCACCUAUUGAUAAUCAAACACCUGCACAAAGACAGGCUGCUGCUAAAAUGGCACUACGUAAACAGUUAGAAAAGACAUUGCUUCAAAUACCUCCUCCCAAACCCCCACCGCCUGAAAUGAACUUUAUACCAAGUCUGGCAAGUCCAGAUUUUAUAUAUCUGUUAGGUUUAGAGGAGGCAGUUAACUAUAUUAUUGAUGCUAAUCUUAUUUCUAAGGGACAGAAAAAUCCAGAUGAAAAGUUGAUAUGUAAUCCAUUUACAUGUGUACAAUGUAACUCAGACUUUACUCCUGUCUGGAAACGAGAAAAACCGGGCUCUAAAAAUGUUAUAUGUGAACAAUGUGUUACAACUAAUCAAAAGAAAGCUUUGAAACAGGAGCACACAAAUAGACUGAAAAGUGCAUUUGUCAAAGCCCUACAACAGGAACAAGAGAUUGAGAGAAUGCAGGCCACUCAAAGUAGUAAUACUAAUCAGUCAGCGCCAUCUAACAGUAGACCCUCUCAUAACACCUCUCAAAUAAGUUCUAAUCAUUCACAGUAUGCCAACAACAAUGAAGCUCUCCGACAACAUCAAAACUUUAUUCAGGCACAUCAGGCUGCAGCUGCACAUCAAACAGCGUUACGGAUGGGUCAACCUUUAGGCAUGGCAUCGUUUGGUGCACGUGGUGGAUUUCCCUAUCAAAUGCCAUUUGGUGGCAAAGCUUCCGAAUUACAACGACAAUAUUUGCUGGAUAUGAUACGACCAAAUCAUGGUAGUUCUCCAUGGAAAUCCUAGUCUAUUUAUAAAUAUUGUGUGCUGUGUUCAGUUUUAAUCAGUGUAAAUUAUUGUGACUUUGCUGUAGAGGAACUUGUUCCGUAUUGUAGAUUUAACACACUAGUAGCAUUACAGAAAUUAGACUUAAUAGUUUAUACAGUAUAUAGCUUUCUUGGUUUGUAAAGCCACAAUGAACAUGUUCAUGUAUUAGCUGGUUUCCUGACUGAACAUGUAAUCAUUUUUCUACCGUAGGAUUUUACACUAUGAAUUUCUUUACAUAUAACAAAGUUUCCUUAAGGCAAAUUUUAUCAAAAUAUUGUGUCUAUAAACUUUGGGGUUUUGAUUUGUUAAGUUAACUUUUAGUGAUGUCAGGAGUCAUUUUUGUACUAACAGAUGAUUCUGCAUAUCAAUUUGUUUACUCACUUGUGUUAAAAUAUUAUAUUUUGAAGUAAAACUUGUGUUGUACA